UUUUUUUUUUCUUGUUCAUUUGUUCACGUUUUUGGUUAUAUUUCAAAAAUCUAAACUCGAAUGAAACGUGACUUUAUGAAUGUGUAUUUCUUGUAAAGGGAUCAAAUGGAGCAAGAAGGUUGGUCGGAACCCAUUGAGUUAGAUUCUUUAGAUGGUAGCCCAAUUGUGGAUGUUGUCUUGGACUCACGCUUCACUAGACAACAGGAGGCUCUGGAUAACCUCCAUUUUAUGGAAGCUCUCAAUGAAGACGACGUGAUCUGUGAAGUGGCCCCAACUACCUCACAGGGAGUACCUCAUGAUGACGAUUUAGAAUUUAUUUUUGAAGAAACGGUGAUUCCAAAUGAUUCUCCGUGUGCGCGGCAACCAAUUAUUAUAAAUUCAUGCCAUCCGUUUUUGGAAAUCACCAGUGAUGAUGAGUUGAAUUCAUCAUGUAUUUAUACUCACGAAUCAAAAUUUGACGUAUCGAGAAAAGAAACAUCGAAUUGGAAGACUAAUUAUUCAAAAACACAAGCGCUUCCAGAAAAUGAAGGUUUGAAGCAAGUGGAUGAUUUAAAUAUAACCGUUGAAAUUUUAUUAAGCAAAUUAAUGUGCCCAAUAUGUUAUCGUAAUUUUCGAAGGAAAAAGUUUAUGACUCAGUACUCGAAAUUUUUAUUGAAGAAACAAGCAGAAAAAAAACAAUUCGCUACUUCCCCGUCCUUAAAUAAAGAACCAGUUUUUGAUAUCCCUAUUACAUCGACCUAUAAAUCUCAAAACGAUUUAACAUGUUUGCAUGAGGCUUGUCAAGACGCUAAAAGUCAGGUUUCUACUUGCUUUUCAUUCAACGCAACGCACGUGAAACCUCUCGAAUUAAGUGACAAUAUUGACCAAGCAUCACUUUAUGCUGCUCCAACGUCCAUUUCUUGUACUAAAGAAGAUCCUCUUAAAGAGGAGUAUGAAACAUCAGAGUUACGUGUAGGGCGUUGUGGGCAUGUUUAUUGUCAAGGCUGUAUUAAAAAAUAUGUUACGCUUAAAAAAAAAUGUCCUGUUUGUAAUCAAAGCUUAACACUCCGUCAACUAUUUCCUCUUUACUUAUAA